ACUGGUUCAAGGACGGCAAGCAGAUUUCAAAGAAAAACAAGCAUUUCAAAAUGAACAGAGAAGAAGAUGGAACAUGUUCUUUACAUAUUGAAGCUUCUACUAAUGAUGAUGAUGGCAACUAUACAAUUAUGGCUGCAAACCCACAAGGGAGAAUCAGUUGUUCAGGCCACCUGAUGGUUCAGAGUAUCCCUGUUCGGGGCCGAAUAUCAACAAUUCAGCCUCACAGGACACGACCCCGGGUGCCAGAAGGAGACAAAGAAGCAGUUCAAGAACGCUUUUUCAGGCCAUACUUUCUACAGGCUCCAGGUGACAUGGUAGCACAUGAAGGGCGACUUUGUAGGUUGGAUUGUAAGGUGAGCGGGUUACCGACUCCAGAGCUGACGUGGCUUCUGAACGGCAAACCUGUGCUACCAGAUGGCACCCACAAGAUGCUGGUCAGAGAGACUGGAGUUCACUCUCUGCUUAUUGAUCCUCUCACACAAAAUGAUGCUGGAACUUACACCUGCCUUGCCACUAAUAAAACAGGACAAAAUUCAUUUAGUCUGGAGCUCACGGUUGUAGCAAAGGAAGUAAAAAAAGCCCCCAUGUUUUUGGAGAAGCUUCAGAACUGCGGUGUUCCUGAAGGGUACCCUGUCAGACUAGAGUGCAGAGUUGUUGGAAUGCCACCCCCUAUAUUUUUCUGGAAGAAGGAUAAUGAGACCAUCCCAUCAAACAGAGACAGGAUGAGCAUGCACCAAGACACAACAGGGUACGUCUGCCUCCUCAUUCAACCUGCCAAGAAAGCAGACGCUGGCUGGUACACCCUGUCUGCAAAAAACGAAGCUGGUAUUGUCUCUUGUACAGCUAGACUCGACAUAUAUGCUCAGUGGCACCGUCAAAUUCCACAACAAAUAAAGCUUCGACCUGGUGGCAGCCGGUACUCAAACCUUACCACUCAAGGACUUGACAUUUUUUCCACCUUCCCAACUACUGAAAGUCCUAUGCUGUUUUCAUCCCCGAGCCAAAAAGUGGUGGAGAGUGAAGAACUUUGAAAAACAAACAAGUGUUCCAGUUACACCUGCAGAGAUACUAGAACUGUGGAGAGAAA